AUGACCUUGUCACAUGAGACAAGGAUGACCACCGAAACUGAAUUGAUUUUUUCACCUGAGCGUACAUCAAAUAAUUCAUUUUAUGUAUUCUCUAGCAAAAAAGCAAGUCGUCGUGGUGCAACAUUAAAUAAACCACCAAAACCUGUUUCAUGUCGUGUUUUUCGAUAUUUUACACCAGCUGCUGCCGCCAGAUCAUCAAGUGCAGUUUCAGUUAGCACAGAUUCUUAUGGUGUGGCAUUGGAAAGUCCAUUUUAUACAAAAUCAGAUACUUCUGCUUAUUGGGAUCAAUGUUUCGAACAUCUUGAAUGUCUCGGCCGUGGUUCAUUUGCUGAAGUUUAUAAAGUUCGUCAUAAAGAAGAUAAUCAAUUAUAUGCUAUUAAACGUUCAUUAACUAAAUUUCGUGGCAAAUUUGAUCGUGAUCAAAAAUUAAAAGAAGUUCGUUUUCAUGAAGCACUUGCAACACAUAGAAAUAUUCUUAAAAUAAUUCAUGCAUGGGAAGAACGUGACCGUUUAUAUAUUCAAACAGAACUUUGUGAAACUAAUUUAUUGGAAUAUUCAGCAGAAAAUCCCAUGACACAAUCAAUGACUUGGCAUUUUCUCUAUCAAAUUAGUCAAGCUCUUGAUUUUCUUCAUUCUUUAUAUUAUGUUCAUAUGGAUGUUAAACCAGAAAAUGUCUUAAUGACACAUGAUGGUAUUCUUAAACUUUGUGAUUUUGGUAUUGUACAUGAUUUACGAAGUGCAUCAACUUUAGCACAAGAUGGUGAUGCACGUUAUCUUGCAUUUGAAGUUCUUUCAGGUACAAUAUCAACAGCAGCUGAUGUAUUUAGUUUAGGCAUGGCAGCACUUGAAUUAGUUAGUGAUUAUGAUAUGCCUAUAACAGGCGAUCUUUGGACAAAUAUACGUGAAUUAAAAUUACCAACAGAAAUUGUAUCAGUUUUAACUGAUAUUACAUUAAAACAACUUUUAUUUCGAAUGAUACAUAGUGAUUAUAAAAUACGACCAUCAGCAAAAGAUAUUCUUGAUAGUCCAACAAUUCGUGAUCAAAUUUGUCAUAUUCCAUCACCAUUUGCAUUUAAUCAACGUCGACAUGAACAUACUGUUUCAUCAACUGGUGGAAAUGAUUCUCCUGCUAGUCAUGGUUGUCAUACACCUAUUAAAAAACCGAAACGACCACCAAAUUAUUGUGGUUAUCAUGAUGAACAUUCAGAUGAUGAACUUCGACCUCAUUCUUUUCAUGAUGUUUCUCGAGUAACACCAUCACCUGUUGUUGGUGAUCCACUUCGAGUUCGUCUUUUUCCUACUGAUUCAAAUGAGUCAAUGAAUGUUGAUCAUUUUUAUUUUCGAAAAUCUCCACUUCAAUUUAAAUUUGACAAUGUUACAAUGAGACAAUUAAUAAAAUCAUUUGGUUGGUAUUUAUAUGGAGGAGUAACAUGUUAUUGUAUGCAACGAUUUUUUAUUGAUUUUAUUUAUAUAAAAAAUGAUGAGAAUGAAUUAUUUAAAUCAGGUGAUAUUGUUAUUUUGGAUGUAUGGAAUCGAUUAAAAAUAAAUAGAAAUAAUUUAAUUUGUGCUAAAUCACUUGAUAAUCAUCAACAGAUAAUUUUUGGUCGUGUUAUAGCAUUUCAAGAUGAAACUAUAAAUACUGAAUCAAUAAAUUCUAGAAGAAAAUUUAUUCAAAUUCCUAAAGGAAGUAUUGGUAUUAAUCGAUUAACAAAUGAUAAUCAUCAAGAAAUAAAAAUUUUACCAAUUGGUUUAAUUGAAGGACGAACAUUAGCACGAAUUUGGCCAUUAAAACGUUCAACUCUUCAUCUUCUUAAUAUGCCAACAACAUCAGAUAUUUAA